UUGUUGGUAUGAUAAGUAGCUGUUUUGCAACAUGAAUAAAGUAGAUAAGACAAAUUCUAAAAUGGAAAUUUCGUAUUGUACGUGUGCUAAUUUUAAAUCAAAGUGAAUGAUAAUUAACAUUAUUUGAAUCUUUUCUGUUUGCAUUAAUAAGGAAAUUUUUUCAAUGAAAAUGAUACGACUUUGGAUACUUUUCCUAAGCACCAUCAACCUCUGCCAGGCCUCCCCAUGGGACAAUCUCACCGCAAACAUUGCCGUCAUCGAAUACCAACCCUUCGUCGACAAAAGACUCACCGAAGAACAAAUUGUUUUAGAAAACACAAAAAAAUAUCUCGAAAUAAUUAAAACACUAGUUAAGACUGAAAACUUCGACAUGAUAAUAUUCCCAGAAUCCACCCUCAAAACUAGUCCAAAAACAUCAGUAGAAAUACACAUAAUGGACAAUCCGUGUGAUUCACUGACUUAUCCCGAAUUUAUGAAAAACUUGUCUUGCACAGCUCGCAAUUCCAACACUUACUUGGUAAUUAAUUUGGUGGAAAAAGUAAAGUGUGAUCGAACAACUUGCAAAAAUUCCGGAUUUUUUUUCUACAACACUGAUGUGAUAAUAGACCGGACAGGAAAAAUUACAAAUACUUACCACAAAUACAAUCUUUUUGGCGAACACGAUUUGGAUAAACCAAAAGUUGAGAAAGUGAUCAUUCACACCGAUUUUGGUGUCAAAUUUGGUAUUUUCACCUGUUUUGAUAUCUUAUUCAAAAGUCCUGCAUUAGAUUUGGUUGAGGAAGACAUCGAUGGUGUAAUUUUUCCCUCAAAUUGGUACUCAGAGCUCCCUUUUCUCACUUCUCUUCAAACCCAACAAAUGUGGGCCUAUAACUACGAUGUGUUGUUUUUUGGGGCCGGGGGCAAUUACCCGAAAGUGGGCACCGGUGGGAGUGGCAUUUAUAACGCUUCCAGAGGAACAAUUUCGCAAGGUUACGUGGCCAAAGGUGGAUCACACAUUUUUGCUUUCAGGAGCAAAAAUGGGCAAGUUUUAGUACCACCUGAGCCAAAUAUCGACAUUUUAGCCAAGGAAAUGGACGAGUUUUAUUUAGCUACAGACAGUAGCAUUCCAAGCUUCAGCUCAACAGUUCUAAAUGUUGACAACAAAACGGAUUUUGAGACUCACAUUUGCCACACAAAUAGUGAAACCAAGAGUGAAUUAUGUUGCAACUUUACCAUUCAAAUUUCAACGAAACAACAUAACUCGAUUUUUUUUUACACUUAUCAUUUGGUUGCGUUCACAGGUGUUCGUUCGUUUCGGGGGCAAUACAAUGGGGGAACGGAAAUUUGUGGCAUAAUUGCGUGUUUGAAUUCGUCUUUAUCAUCGUGUGGUCUGAGGUUUCCCAAAUAUGAAGACAUUGAAUGGCCUGUGACUUUUGAGAAUAUUCAAAUUGCGGCCAAGUUUGAUAAAAGUGGAAAUAGAACACAGUUUCCUAACUCGCUUCUGAGCUCAAUUCGUCCAGUUAAUGCCAGCGAGACUGUUUGGAUUAAAAAUGAAGUGGUGGAGAAUGGGCAAGAAGUUGUUGAGAGAACGUUUGCUUUGAAAAAGGCACAGAACCGAAUUUUGACUUUUGCGAUUUAUGGGAGGAAUUUUGAGCAAGAUUCUCCUCCGAGUGGGGGUGCUGGGGAGAGGGCCCCAAUGUUGGGGCACUUGAUAGUAGUCGGUGUGUUUGUUUUAACGGUUGUUUCAAUUCGUUAUUUUUGAUUUGUUAAUGUGAAAAUUUGUGAUUAAAAACAUUUGAAAAUUCUGGUUGAUUUAUAAAAACAAAUAAAAACUGUGUAACAACAAUGAAA